AUGGAUCAGUUAGAAUAUUUCACUAAUCCUUUAAAUGAAAAUGAAUUAGUCAUUGUUAAUUCCAAUGUUUUAGGUAGAUUAAAUGUUGAAAAAGCUCCAGGUACAGAUUCCAAGAAAGUAUUAUUAGCUAGAGUUGCAAAAUUAUUAAUUGAAGAUGGUUUAGAUGCUGAGAAAAUUAUUAUUAUUACAACAACUACUACAGCUGCAAUUGAAAUCAAAACUACUUUAAAGCAAAAAUUGGCUGAUAUUAAUAUCGAUGUUGAUAAAAUGUUUAUUGGUACCAUUUAUGAUAUUGGAUAUAAAUUUUUACAAUUAUAUGGGUCACAAAUUGGUUUAGAAUUGGCUUUGAUUUCAAGUGAAUCUGAAAAUAGGUAUUAUAUCAAGAAGAUAUUUGAUAAUUUAGACAAUGAAACUCAAUCAUUUCUUAAAAACUCACCAAAAGGUUUAGAAUUAAAGAAUGGUGAUGUUGCUAAUUUAUACUACUCAAUUGACAAGAUUUUAUAUGCAAUUGGUAACUUACAAGAUAAAGGGAUUUUAUCCGAUUCAAAUUUAAUUACGUCCGAUGUUUUAUCAUUGCUUUAUAGUUUAUAUAAAGAUCAAUUGGGAUUUGUUGCUAAAUUAGAUUGCAAGGAGGUUGUUGUAGCCUUAAAAAAGAUUGUUGAGCAAAAACUUCGUACUGUUGAGCAUGUUUUAGUAUUAGAUAAUUAUGAACUCACUACUUUUCAACAAGAAUUAUAUGAUCAAUUGGGUAAGAAUGUUACAAUGUUUGGUACGGGUUUUAAUGAUGCUAAAUGUUUGACUGAAAACUCAACUACAACAAAUGAUAUCCUAAAUUUUACAACCGCAUUAAAGCAAGAUUUUAAUGCAAAUCAACAAUUAAUUCCUAAUUUUGAAAGUUCAUUCAAAGCAUAUUUUAAACAUUUAAAGUCUCAAAAUGAUGAAACUGAAUGGAUUACUUAUCAAAUCAGUUGCUUAAUUAGAUCAGCAGAUGAAUCACUUAAGUAUUCAGAUAUUUCAAUAUUUGUUCCACCUGAUUAUUCAACAUAUAAGAUUGAAAGGAAUUUGAAACAACAUAAAAUUCCAGUUAAUUUAGAUUAUGAAUUUUGGAAUGCCAAAGAAGUUCAAGGUAUUUUGGAUUAUUUAUCAUUAGCUGCUAAUUAUUACAAUAAUUAUGCUGUAUUUAAAACUUUAAAUUAUCCAAGUAGAGGUAUUGUAAAAAAAGCAUUCGAAGACAUUAUUUUGGCCCUAGAUCUACGUGAUCGUAGUAUUCGAUGUGUUGAAGUUUUGAAGAAUGUUGCACUUGGUUUGAACAGAAAUGUUAAUGUAUCUACUAAGAUUAGAGAAAGUUUAAAAGCAUAUGUUACAUUUAUUGAAGAAUUCCAAAAUUCAAUCGUCAUUGCUGAUACGACUACAGCAAAAUUUGAAUUAGAAAUGACAAAUAUUUUCAACAACAUCUAUAUUAAAUCGAAUUUACAUGCUGAAUGUCAAAAAGAUAAAAUGAAACUCGAAAACAUCAACAAAAUUAGAAAUUUGUUUGUUGAUCAUAUGUUAAAGUUGAAUGGCUCAGUUUUAAACAGAUUAGCUGAGUUUUUAAAUUUGGUUAAUUUGGGUUCAGUUCCAGUUGAGUUUAAUUCAGUUACUGUAUCCAGUAGUAUUAGUGAUCUGCCAAUCAUCUUCAUUCCCAAUUCAGGUUUAGAUAUUGCUACUGUUGCUGCUAGAGCUAAAUUCAAGGUUUUCAUUACUUCAAGUGAUACCAACGAUACGGGGUCAACGGAUUCAUCAAGUACAAAAGUUAAAAAAAGAAAAGUCACAACAAAAUUAGAUACUAAAAAGAAAGCUAAAAAAUAA